AUGCGGGCCAAUUUUCUCCUCGCCGCCGCGGCCUGCCUCGGCCUGACCUCUGCGCUGCCCACUGAAGACGUUGCUGCCCUCGAGGAGCGUCAGACGCGUGUGCCCACCAUCUUCCUCUGUGGUGACAGCACCGUGGCCACCGUCGGUGCCAGCAGCCAGACUCAGGGCUGGGGCGCGUUCCUCCAGUACUCGUUCCAGACGUCCAAGGCCGUUGUCGACAACCGAGCCAUUGGCGGGCGUAGCGCUCGUUCGUACACGCGCGAGGGCCGCUUCGACACUGUCGCCAACCUGGCGCAGUCUGGUGACUGGGUCGUCAUCGAGCUCGGCCACAACGAUGGUGGCUCCCUGUCCACCGACAACGGCCGCUCCGCCUGCUUCGGAGACGGAGAACAGACGUGCAGCACCGUGUACAACGGUGUCGCCGAGACCGUUCUCACGUUCCCCAAGUACCUGAAGAACGCCGCCAACAAGAUGCUUGCCAAGGGCGCCAAGGUCAUCAUCUCGACCUCUACCCCCAGGAACGUCUGGCAGACCGGCUCGUACGCCUGGUCUCCCAACCGCUUCCACUACUACGGCUGGCUCGCCGCCCAGCAGCUCGGCGGCCCCGCCAAGGGCGUCUACUUCCUGCCCCACGGCGAGUACGGCGCGCAGGCGCAGAGGAACCUCGGCGCCUCCACCGUCAACGGCGGCUACCCCGUUGACCACCUCCACCCCGGACCUUUCAUCGCCGACGCCAUGGCCAAGUCUUUCGUGCUGGCGCUGCGCUGCGGCAGCACCGCGCUCGGCGGCCUCGUCCGCAACUCGACCUCGUCGCUGACCUCGACCUACCUUGGUCCUUGCAUUGGCGCCGCCAACUCGACCAUCUCUGCUCUCCUGCGCUGA